UUAGUAAGAAUCGCUUCAAUAGAUUUGUUUUUUUAAUAUUAUUAAUUACAACGCAGCAAAGGGCGCAAGCUGACGACAAAUCUCUCACUCUAGGGUUUUUGAGACAGGAAGGUCCAUCUCUCCCCUCUUGAGUUUUCGAGACAAUUAAGUCGUUGCAGGGCAUGGAUCAGUGCAUUCAGAGGGCGAAGGAAGGGUUUCGUGAAUUGGAGCAAUGGGCUCGGCAUCAGCAGCCGAUGGAUCUUGUCGCCGCUGUAGCCAUCGUCGUCCUCACUUCUUUUCUAUUUGUGUUGUUGAGUUGCCUUAGGCGCAGAAAGUCUAACACAAUAGUUCUUGCGGGUUUGAGCGGCAGUGGAAAAACUACUCUUUUCUACCAGCUUCGUGAUGGCUCCUCUCAUCAAGGCACUGUCACGUCAAUGGAACCGAAUGACGAUAGUUUUGUUCUGCAUUCUGAAGCUGAUAAGGGCAAAGGAAAACCAGUCCAUGUGGUUGAUGUUCCUGGUCAUUCUCGACUUCGGCCGAAGAUUGAUGACUAUUUACCACAGGCAGCUGGCCUUAUUUUUGUUGUGGAUGCUUUAGAUUUCUUACCAAAUUGUCGAGCAGCUGCUGAGUAUCUCUAUGAUAUACUGACAAAAGCAAGUGUAGUAAAGAAGAAGAUACCCAUUCUGAUAGUGUGCAACAAGUCUGAUAAAGUGACAGCUCACUCAACGGAGUUCAUCAGGAAGCAGUUAGAGAAGGAAAUUGACAAGCUUCGAACAUCAAGAACUGCCAUUUCUACUGCUGACAUUACUAACGAAUACACCCUUGGUGUACCCGGAGAGGCAUUCACCUUCUCUCAGUGCGUUAACAAAAUCACAGUGGCCGGAUCAUCUGCUCUUAAUGGUGAAGUAUCUCAGAUCGAACAGUUCAUUCUAGAGCAUGUGAAGCCCUAAAGUACGUUCGGGGUUGUAUUUUCUGCUGCAACUUUUUUAUUUUUUCUUUGGUGAGAGCUCUGGAGGGACAGAUUCAUGGACUUCUUGGUUACAUGAUGUAUGAUGGCUUUAAAACUCUUUGAAUUGAGCGGUAAAAUUAGUUGCUGCAAAUGACUUGCCAAUGAGUUUCUAUAUUGGAAAAGUGGUGUGGUUGUAAUCUAAUUGAUACGUGCGUUUAGAUAUUCGAGAUACAGGUCUAGAUUCUUAUUUCGAAAAAUUAGCAAAAUAUAUUUAUAUGGGUAUC